AUAUUCUAAUCACAUUUUCCAACAUUUCAAUGGUCGCUGCCACAGAAAUGGAUGGAGAAUCUAUAGUUGAUAUUAAACAUGAUCAAAUUGAAGAUGACGAGACAGAAGAAAAAGAACCUCCUGUAAUGAAGUUGGAUUUCGAAAAACUAUUCAAAAUGGCAGAAGAUCCAGAUCUUGAGGAAUUGCUAAGAUCACCAUUGGAUCAGGCUCUAAUCAAUUUAGAAGACGGAACUGAAAUUCAAAAGCUCACAUCAAUUCGCACAUUUCCUGACAUUCUGGACACCUCCGACGGAGAAAAGUGCCUUCUAAAAAUGCUACCAGCAAUUCAAAAAUGUUUGAAAAUUGAAAAAUCAAACCUAGACCUUCACUGUGAAGCUGCAGUUGUCUAUAAGUCAAUUAUUCAAAAUGAGGACCUCGUGAAAAAAUUUCAGGGAAUCGUUGAUCUUCUACUCGAGAAUAUUCUUCAAAAUAUUCAAAAUCAAAAAGAGCAUCACACUCAGGAAAAGGAAAAAAUUGUUAUAAAAGCUGGCAGUAGCAUCAACAAUCAAAUGCAUCAUUUGAGUGCCGCUGCUUGGUUAGAAACAAUUGUUGAAGUUGCAGACAAAUUGUCACUAAGCUCAAUCAAAUUAUAUGUGGUUCCUGUAAUUCAAACACAAGCAGAACCUGUUCAGAGGGUACAAAGACGAAUUAUUGCCACUAAGAUUAUUCACAAGUUGGCAUUGUUUUUACCUCCGAACGAAAUAAGAAAAGAACUGUGCCCAAUUGUUACCACCUUGUGCAAAGAUGCCAAUUCAAAUGUGAGAGUAGCAGUUGCUCAACGACUUUUUGUCAUUGCAAAUGCUCUUAAAAACUCGCACGAUGUUGUGUCCUGUCUUUUGCCUUCAUAUGUACAUUUAUUAAAUGAUGAAGAAAUGAAUGUGAGAGAAGCUGCAAUGAAUAGUUUGACUGAUGCAUUCUCCUUGUUCACAAGAGAUGCACGAAAGCACACACUCUUCUCUGUUAUCAAAAAGUUAACCGAAGAGGCGCUUGAGAAAAAGAAUGAAGGUCUCGCAGUGAUAUCGAACAACUUUGGAAAAUGGUCAUGGGAGCUCAAUGAGCUUCUCGAUCAACUUGACAAAUCAUGGGUUCUGAAUACAUACUGCAAAAUGGUGCAAAUAUCAGACGAACUAUGUGAAGGCCCACAAAAGAAUAUUCGUAACGUAUUGAAGAAGACGUGUUGUUUCAAUUAUCCAUGUAUGCUGACUAUGUUCAAAAAACACGUGGAUCGAUUACUUCCAUUUUUAGAGAUGUUCUGUACAGAUCAUGAUGAAGAAGUUCGAGUGAGCAUUGCUUCUUCCUACCAUGAGGUUUUAACCAUGUUCCCUGAUAAACCAGAUCUAAUACCACCGUUCAUCGAACUUCUUCAUGGAGGAUCUUCCGAUGUCAUUGCUAAAAUAUCUCACAAUCUAUCAAAAAUUCUGCCGAUUUUGUAUGAAAAUGUGAAAGAAAAUCCAGGGAGAACAACUGUUCAACAAGUGGACCGACUUCUGUUAGGAUGCAAUCAAAUUUUAAGAACUUCAAGCUCGUGGAGGAGUCAUGAAGCGUUUUUGAAAAGUUUGAAGACACUUACGAAUUGUAUUGAUGAAGAAGUCAUUAUUGAUACGUUUGUUCCACUUUUGAGAAAAGAAGUUCUCAAUGUCAGAGCAAUUCCAUGUCGGAUAGCUGCUUGUGAAACGUUAUUGAUCCUGCUGAAAAGCAUUUCAAAAGCGGAUACACGAACGGAAAUUAUGCAAUUUUUCAACGAAGAACUAUCAACGCAUAGCUGUUGUUACCGACGGAUAACUUACAUUGAUGUUGCUGAACUUGUUCUCUCCGUAUUUAGUAAACGAAUAUUUAUUCAACAUUUCCUAGACGACACAUUACGGCUAACUUCUGAUCCAGUUUCAAAUAUCAGAAUUCGAGCAAUCAAAUUUCUCCCAAAAAUUAAAUCUAAAUUGAUUUUACCAGAAGAUGAGGAGGUUCUUUUGAAAAUUGAGAAUUCUGUGAAAGAACAGCUAAAAUCAACGGAACUGAACGGGCCAACAAGAGCUCUCAUCAAUCAGGCAGCUGUUGAGUUAUCAAGAUGUGAAACUUGUUCCGAUAGCGAAGAUAAUAAAAAAGUAAAUGAAGAAGAGGAAUUAUGGAGUAAAAAGAAAGAAAAGAGCAAGAAAGAAUCAAAGAUAAGGAAACCAAGUAUAAGAAGUAGAUUGAGGACUAAAGAAGAACCUGAAGAGGAAGAGGAAGUACUUGGAGAAUUUGUUAGAUCUUCAAGCUUACGAAUCCCGACGCAACCAAUCCGUGCAACAUCCCCUUGGAGAACAGAACGAAAAGCAAUUGCAGUCGUCCGUCCGCAGCCAGUCAUUACUGUCAGAUCUCAAUCCCCAUCACCAAUGUCAUACCGUAGUCCAAGUCCAGCUCCAAAAGAAUCAGCGAUUCGUCCAAGUCGAUUACCAUUAAGCAGUGCUGCAAAAGAAAGAGACAAACUGAGAAAAACAGCAACAGAUGCCCCACCACCACCAGCAAGAAGUGCUCGAAGUGCAUCAGUUGUGGCGAGCAGAAGAUCUGAUGCGAUGACAUCUUCCACAUCAUCAAUUUCAUCAAAUAGUUUCACAUCACCACUAAGUUCAUCAUCUCUACCAUCGUCAGGAUAUGGUCUCCGUAGAUCGGCAACUUCCAGUAGUGCAUUUGCUGGAUCUUCGUACACCUCAACGUCUUCAUAUUCAUUGAUGAAUGCCCGUUCAUCUUCAAAUAUUCGUCGCCCUGGAUAUGGACUUUCACAUGUUUCAAGCCUUAGCACCUUUGAAAGAAAACCUGCACAAAUGUCUUGCCGAGUUCGAAAUCUAGAUUAGAUUGUCAUUGUGUUAAAUAAUUUUAUAUGUAAAACGGGUUUCAUUUGUUGAAAUAAACAAUCUGUUUUUG